UGUUGCAUAACCCAGUGUCGUGUUCAUGUGUCAGUGUCCAACGCGGAUGUCAUUUCCGAUAUCUUGGUAGCACACAAUGAACAGUAAGGACGGUCAGUGAAGUGCAGUGUGACAGUGGUACAGUGAUGUGAGCCAGCAUGCCGUCGGACGGUACAACGUGGUCUCCACCCGCGCCCAGCGAGCGCAGGCUCAGUAACUCCUCUGAUGGCAGUGCGGGCAGCGGGUAUUCUAAAGCGACAACAGACAGCGCGGAUUUCCUCGCGACCAGGCCGCACACGGCCGCCGUAAUCCCCGGCAAGCCGGCCGCCAAUCCACUACAGUUCAUCAAGGUGGGCCCAGCCGACCUCGGCACGAGAGCUCGCGAGCAACUACGUAGGGCGGAACUAGCCAAAAGGACAGAGCCGGCGAGGAUCGAGAGACAGGAGGAUUGGCAGUCGAAUUUGGACAACUGGAAGUCAUCGAGACGGAAGCGCGUCGAACACAUCAUAGAGCGUUGCGUGGAGGUGCGACGCUUCGAAAACGAGACGCACCAGCCGAGAGGCAAAUCGAAGACCUUCAACGAGAUGCUGGAAGAACGAGCUGGACGUAGAAGGAGAAACCCACUGGCACUGUACACAGAAGAUGACGGCAAUGACCUGAGCGACUUGGGGAUUGGCACCUCAAGCACCAAGAGUAGUCUCAGCGAGGACUGUGAUACGCACAGCUUAGCCAGUGAUGGCAUGGAUCUUGAAAAGAAUCAUUCAGAUAUGGAAAACAUGUCUCAUUGUGAGAACAGUCGCAAGCUGGGCUCCAGUGCCAACGAAUACGACACUUGCACGACAACGACCAUCAGUUCUCCUGAGCCCGAGGAGUACACGUACGAGGGCGCUAUAGAAGGAUACAAAUCAAGAAUUAUUUCACAAACAAAUUGCAACAUUGCCAAAACAAUUGUUAAUAAUAACUUAAAAGAAAAAUCGCCAGAUAAAUCAAACGGUGACAUAAACAGAAUCAGAACGUCGAUAAGCAAUAAAAUUGAAGAAAAAAUGUCUUCUUUCCAGCAAGAGAGAGCAAACGACUUAAAGAACAAUAAUAAGAAAGAUCUACCGAAAGUAAACAUACAUCAGCGAAGAGAACAAUUCGAAAGAGAAAAUUCACAGGAACCACAGGUAAAUAAGCCGAAAUUACCCGAUAUCGCAAAUAAAAAGUCGAUCAAAGAAAGACUGUCAAGCCUCGAGAAGUUUAAUGAGGAAAUACAAGUGCAUAAAUCAAUAAAUGAUUUAACUAAGUUACCUGUCGAAGUAAAGCCAUUAAAAGAUAGGCUAUCUUCGCUUGAAAAAGUUAAGACUACACCCGUGGAAGUUGACAGAACAAAGAGACUGUCAAACGGUGACCUCAGCAGCACGAGGUCACUUAAAGAACGUUUGUCAAGUCUUAAGUCACAAACAUCAGAAGAAGAGGUGAAAGUUACUAAAACUUCAGUGAAGGAAGUUUCUAUGAGCCUUAAAGAGCGGCUUUCGUGUCUGGACGCGGCAAAAAAUAAGGAAAUACCAAAAAUAGCAAUCGAAGAAGCGAUGAAAAUGAAAGAAGCGAAUGAUCACAGCGAUCUUAAGGAAAAUUUGUCUGACAGUUCAUUAAAAAUGAGUUUGUCGGGAAUUGAAAAUCAAAUGCAGAGCUUCUGUCGCUCACUCGAUAGUUUGGAUAUAAAUGGACAAUCAUCCCCUAAUUCAUUCGAUAGAGUCCAGAGUCUUGAAGACUUCGACUGUGGCGAAAUGCAAAAUAACACUGUUCCAAGUGACAUUGAAACUGAGGAUAGUGGUAUUCACACUGCUAGAGACUCAUGUGCACCAGCAGAUGACAUCGCCGAUUUGACUCAAGUAGCUUCUCCUAUUGGAGAACCUAUGGCUGAAGUUUCUGAAUACGAGUCUUCGAACGAAGAUGGUGCCAUGACUCUAGUAUCUACUAAAGUCGAAGAGCCUAUAGAAAUAAAUUCUGAACUAAAACAGCAGACAGAAGACGUCGUCAUUCAAGAAAUCGACGACCCAGAGAGUAAGGCUGACAGUGACAGUGGAAGCAAUUACAUUCAAGCAGUUUCUCAGCCCGAAGAAUUUAGUGUCACGGAUGAAGUGACCGAAAUUCAAAUGGACAAAGAAGAUGAAGACACAUUGAAGAGUUUGGAUAACCAAGACUCCAGUGUAAGUCUUAAUGAGCCUGCCUCGACCACGUCAGACAGCGACACGGUCGUGUUUGAGGGGAAAAUGACUAUACAUCUAAACUUGAAUGAAAUAUGCAACAAUCUAAGCACUGGUUCUGGGAACAGCUCUAAUACUAAUGCAAUAUAUUCCAAUGACUCUACUAACAACAAAAGCAUGCCAAUGGUCAUUGACGCUUUAGAACUUGCGUUCCAAGAAUUGGAUUCAGAGGAAAGUGUCAACGUGACAAUGGAUGAUAAUGAUGCUAAAUUUAACGGCGGUCACGUGGAGGAGAAUGUUACAGACACGGUUGAUAAAUUGCUAGAUUUCGAUAUAGAAAAGAAAGUGUCGGUUACACCGCUAUAUGAAAAUAUUGAUAUCUUCAAUCAGAAUAAUAUUGUUGAUGCUGGAGAAUUUCCUCUGGACCUUCCAACAAAUGCUCUUGAACCUCCCAAGGAAAAACCUCCACCGCCACCUAUGGAAGAUAGUCAAGAUGAUGAACUUCUGGGAAACGGUAACUUCAAACAUACAAGCUCAGCACGUCGUAUUAAGAAGGAAAUUCGGAACAAACGCACUAGUUUCCUAGGAAUUGAAGGUCAAGUAGACGAUAGUUAUCUAGACGUAGAUUUAAAACUAGCACCGCGACCUGACAUCACGUCAUUUUUGCAAGAAGAGACGAAGAUCGAGAAACUUCUGUAUAAGAAAACUUUAUCCCAUGAUAUGGAUGCUAAGUUAAGGGAUAGUAGAGAUUCAGGAGUUGAUAUCGAUAGAGGACCUUCAGCUGAAGCGUGGUAUAAAGGACAGUCGUCUCCAGAAACAUCGAAUCCUCACAGCAGACAAAAUAGCGAGCCCUACACUCACAUUACUGUAACAUCAGAUGAGGAAGAGAUAGCGAAAAAACAAUCUGAAUCUUUCUCAAAAGAUCUCACCACAAAAUUAACAAACUUAGAAAACGGUGACUCAAAAGACAACAAAAUUGACCAUUUGGACAAAAAGUUACAACAACAACAGGCGACUCAAAUGUCUCACACUAACGACGAUUGGCCUGACGGGCUCUUUGACGAUGCUCAUACGAAGGAAGUACUGCGUUUUGAACGAGAACUUUUACAACUGGAACAGGAAGAGCUUAGAAGGCAACGCGAGAAUCUUCUAAGAGACCAGAAUAGAAUAAUACAGAAAUCAGUCCAAGAUAUAUCGAGCGCUGGCGCCCCAGAAAAACCAGUAACACACAGAGCGAACAAAUCAACAAAUCAUAAUUACAGACAUUCGAUGCCAAAUCUAUUAGUCAGUGAGAAUUUCAUACCUCCGGUUAUCGAAAGACCAAUCAUAGAUGAAGAGGUUAAAAGGAAGCCAUUUGUCUCCGAAGAACAUAUCCAGAGUCAUUUUGGCGUUGAGGAAAGUAGGAAAUUACUGUUCGAUGAUAAGACAAAUUUCGCUGAAGCUAGAAGACCGAUGCCUAAUAUGAUGAGGCCCCAACAGCCUAUACUGCCUCCGAAACCGAGGAGUCGAGAUUCUAUAGAGAGAGAAAUUACAAUGAGGAGUAGCCGAUUGCCAUCUGCAGUGGAAUACGUCAAUGUAGACCGAACUGCUGUCCAGAUGCGUCAAAAAGUAGUGAAUGGAAAUGGACAGUACCAUCCGAUGACAAGACAUACUUUACAAGCGUUAAGCGCUGCUCCGACUCCCAAACUGAUCUCAAACACCGACUGGAUGCAAUCCCGCAACCAGACGAGACCAAAGCCGGCAAAUUAUAACUACAACCAACACUGGAUUGUACAGGAAGCAGAGCAAAGAAGGCUACAAGAACAACGCUUACCCCGCAAUACACGAACCUACCGGGAACCCGCCAUAACUCCCACACACCAUCUGCCCAUUACAAAACAUCCACAAGAGAGACGCAUUCGAGACCCUGUACAAAGAGAUACACCUCGCACCGCUGAGCCCAGGGAAGACAAAAUGCUAAGCGUUAGCGGACGUCGGAAGUGCUCACACUGUGGGGAGGAACUGGGGCGCGGCGCGGCGAUGAUCAUCGAGUCGCUGUCGCUGUGCUACCACGUGUGGUGCUUCUCGUGCGCCGUGUGCGGCAGCGCGCUGGGCGACGGCCGCGCCGGCGCCGACGUGCGCGUGCGCGGCGCGCGCCUGCACUGCCACCACUGCUACUCGUCCGACGACGGCGACAAGUACUCCUGCGUCUAGUGCGCUCACCGCUGCCGCCACUGCUACUCGUCCGACGACGGCGACAAGUACUCCUGCGUCUAGUGCGCUCACCGCUGCCGCC